AAUAUCUCAACCCAUUAAAUUCGGCAAAAAAUGAUUCUUUGUUAGUUGCUACCAGUCGCCCAGAAACUAUUUUUGCGGAUGUGGCUUUAUUUGUUAACCCUCAUGAUAAAAGAUUUAAAAAGUAUUUGGGUGAAAGUGUAAGGCAUCCGUUUACGGGAAAAAUUAUUCCAAUUUUGGCCGAUGAAAACAUUAAAAUUGAUUUUGGAAGUGGGGUUUUAAAAUGUACGCCUGGUCAUGAUUUUACUGAUUACCAGUUAGGAAAAAAAUAUCAAUUACCAAUAAUUAGUUGUUGUGAUGAAAAAGGUAUUUUAAACGAAUUAGCAGGUCCAUGGCAAGGACGAAAAAUUGGCAGCAUUCGCGAAGAAUUUGUUACGCGGCUGACCGAAGAAGGCAUUUGUGUAAAAGUUGAGGAAUAUGAGACUAAUUUGGUUUAUUCUUCCAAGUCAGGGGAA